CUCAGACCACGUUAAUUCUCGAGUACAAGAUACACAGUACCAAAAGAAAUCACAAGAGAGAGACGACUCGACAUGGCAGAGGAAUUGCUGGAUAAAGUGCGGGACGUGGUGGAAGGCCAGAUCGACUUUGAGGGCCAGCGACGUGCCGAGGGCUAUGCAACCCUCCUGCUCUCUCUCACAGGGCUCAUUGCCUUCAACGUUGGAUACCUUUUGCAAGACAUUGUCAAGUGCGUCUAUGUUGGAUUGGGCGGCACGCUAUUGACGUUUCUCAUCAUCAUUCCUCCUUGGCCGUUCUACAACAAGAAUCCGGUCAAGUGGCUACCUAUUGGAUCUGCAUUCAACACCGGCGGGACGUGAUGGCCAGGCAAUGGCUGCCACCCUGAGCAAGACUCCCGCGUUGAUGAUAUCCUCUAAAACAGCAUGUAGCUUAAAUCCUCCCGAAAUGAUAUACCGCACUCCUUCUUUG